AUGGAGGCGCUUAUUCCCGUUAUUAACAAGCUCCAGGAUGUGUUUAACACGGUUGGCGCGGAUAUUAUUCAGCUGCCGCAGAUAGCUGUGGUGGGGACGCAGAGCAGUGGCAAGAGUUCCGUUCUGGAGAGCCUGGUUGGCCGUGACCUGCUCCCACGGGGAACCGGCAUUGUCACCAGGCGGCCUCUCAUCCUCCAGUUGGUCCACGUCGACCCGGCGGAUGCUCGCAAAAAUGAGGACGUUGACGGUGAUGAGUGGGGGAAGUUUCUGCACACUAAAAAUAAGAUCUACACUGAUUUUGACGAAAUCCGGCAAGAAAUAGAAGCUGAAACGGAGCGAAUUUCAGGGAAUAACAAGGGCAUUAGCGAUGAGCCCAUUCACUUGAAGAUAUACUCCCCGCACGUCGUCAACCUGACUCUAGUGGACCUUCCUGGCAUCACGAAGGUUCCCGUGGGCGACCAACCCAUAGAUAUCGAGGUCCAAAUCCGAGAUCUCAUUCUGAAGCAUAUAUCCAACCCCAACUGUAUCAUAUUAGCCGUCACGGCCGCUAACACGGAUAUGGCUACGUCCGAAGCGCUCAAGGUGGCUCGGGAGGUUGACCCUGAUGGUAGAAGAACGCUAGCUGUGGUGACCAAACUCGAUCUAAUGGACGCCGGAACCGAUGCCAUGGACGUGCUAAUGGGUCGAGUCAUUCCUGUCAAGCUAGGUCUCAUCGGCGUGGUCAACAGGAGCCAGUUGGACAUCAACAAUAAAAAGUUUGUUUCCGACGCCAUCCGAGAUGAACACGCCUUCCUGCAGAAGAAGUACCCCUCGCUAGCGAAUAGGAAUGGGACUAAAUAUUUGGCGAGGACACUUAAUAGACUACUGAUGCAUCAUAUCCGCGACUGCCUGCCCGAGCUGAAGACACGGAUCAACGUACUAGCCGCUCAGUACCAGUCCCUGCUGGGCAGCUACGGUGAGCCAGUGGAAGACCAAAGUGCCACCUUGCUGCAGCUCAUUACCAAGUUCGCCACUGAGUACUGCAACACCAUAGAGGGCACGGCCAAGUACAUCGAGACGGCAGAGCUAUGCGGUGGUGCGCGAAUCUGUUACAUCUUCCACGAGACUUUUGGCCGAACUUUGGAGUGUGUCGACCCGCUCGGAGGCCUCAGCACUAUCGACAUCCUGACGGCCAUUCGUAACGCUACGGGCCCUCGUCCCUCUCUUUUCGUGCCUGAAGUCUCCUUCGAACUGCUUGUGAAGAAGCAGGUGAAGCGCCUGGAGGAGCCUAGUCUGCGUUGCGUGGAGCUGGUUCACGAGGAGAUGCAGAGGAUUAUCCAGCACUGCAGCAACUACAGCACGCAGGAGCUCCAGAGAUUUCCGAAGCUUCACGAGGCCAUCGUGGAAGUUGUCACUUCCCUUUUGAGGAAAAGGCUGCCUAUCACUAAUGAGAUGGUCCACAACUUGGUCGCCAUCGAGCUAGCUUACAUCAACACGAAGCAUCCGGAUUUUGCAGAUGCUUGCGGGGUCAUGAACAACAACAUAGAGGAGCAAAGAAGAAACAGGAUGAGGGAAUUGCCCACUGCAGUGUCCAGGGAAAAGUCUCUUGGCAAAGGCCCGGCUGCGGUUUCUGGCGAGGCCCCUGCGCCUGGAAUAGAGGCAAACGGUGUCAAGGCCCCAGCAUCAGGCGACGCGGACGGCGCCGGAACCUGGAGAGGGAUGCUCAAUAAAGGAGAAGGCGGACCAGGUUCAGGCCCGGGAAGUCCUCUAAAAGGAGCCGUCAACUUACUAGAUGUGCCGGUACCAGUCGCCAGGAAGCUGUCGUCAAGGGAACAGAGGGAUUGUGAGGUCAUUGAACGCCUCAUCAAGUCCUACUUUCUCAUUGUGCGGAAGAACAUUCAAGAUAGCGUGCCAAAGGCGGUGAUGCACUUCCUGGUCAACCACGUGAAGGACAGCCUUCAGAGCGAGCUGGUUGGUCAGCUCUACAAGUCGGGCCUACUGAACGACCUGCUUACCGAGUCGGAGGACAUGGCUCAGCGGCGCAAGGAGGCAGCCGAUAUGCUGCAGGCGUUGCAGAAAGCCAGCCAGGUGAUCGCCGAGAUCAGAGAAACUCACCUGUGGUGA